CGAUCGACAGCAGAGGCGCCCAAUAAGCUCAAUGGUACAACCUACUACAUUGCACAAUCCCCGGUUUCCGGAGCCAGUAGAGCGUGGCAAAGCAAUAGAUUUACACGGUGAUCUUGGGUCGCAGUCGAAUACCUAAACUUGGAGCGUGCGCCUUGCUGGUACCGUACCUUUGCCUGCGAAGUUUUGUGGUGGGCAGCUUCCUCCGGGAUGUUUUCCGGGCACCGACUCCUUUAACUAAAGUAAACUCGACUCCUCCGCUUAUAACAUCCAUACCAGCCUGCCACUGACCGCAAUCGCCCGCAGAUACUUCUAUCCCGUCGCAACACGCUACAGUAUCUUAUUGCGCUACAAACACCCUUUUCAUCAAGCAGCCUUGUAUGGUCCUCAUCCGAUAGAUUUUAGGACACACCCCCUUAGAACGCAUUAUUGCCCACCAUGCCUCCGUUUCGCAUGCCAUUUACCUCGAAGCGACCCACGGUCACCACCACCGCCGAGCCGGUUGACGAGAACAGUCGCCCGACUUCUCAUGAUGGCAACGUCACCAGUCCCUACAAAGAAAAGCCGUCGCUAGCACUGGGAAUGAAAGAAAGACGAGAAGCGCCAAACGAAUUCAAACUGAGCUCCGUCAAUGAUAGUGGCGAAUAUUUACCUCCAUCGCCUACGGAGAAAAAGUCGUUUUGGGCGAAAUCUCCUCCGGCCAGCAACGGGAAUCACCGCAGCUGCUUCAACGAAAACGAACCCUUUUCUAUCUCCCGUGAAUCCUUUGAAUCAUACAGACGGUCAUUUGACAUAUCGGGCCGGUCCCCGAUCGUACAAACAGACAGCUUCACCUCACGCACAUCCCUAGACUCGCGAGCCUCGACCAGGUUUCCCACACGGUCCACAUUAAACAGCAGCACGUUCGAAAAGCCUGCCGCAGAGGACGAUGCUUUUGAGGACGUCAAGUUGAACGACGAGACGAAACAAGCACAGCCCAAAAAGAGGAGUUUUCUAGCCCGGUUUGGCGACUCCAACUCCAACGGCGACAGUGGCUCCGUGAAGGACGACGGCAAACAUCACUUCCAUCUUCUUCCAGGCCGGAAGCGAGGUCAGAGCGGUACGGGGAACGAACUUGGAGACAUGCCUCGACCGCAAAGUAGUGGCAGCAAGGCCGAAGUGGUGGUACGAUAGGGAGUGGGAGUAUCUCACGGUCUUGGGCAACAUUUAUCUUUCGAGGGCAUGCAUUACGAACAACUGGAAUAGUAAGGGAAAGGAGAAUUGCGGCGUCAUGGGUUCGGACGCGUUUGAACGACAUGGGCGGCGUGGCAUUGGUUUAGAAGCAUGGUAUCGGGUGGGCAUCUGUGACAGGGAGCAUUGGGCGAUGGAGAAAGAGACAACCCUGGAUGCAGCGACAGGGUUCUGCUGGUGCAGGCCUCCCGGUUGGGAUAUGGACAAGAUUUGACGAUGGAUGAGGAGUUUACCGGCUGUGAGUAAGUGUAUGCACCGGCAGCAGAGUAAUCUUUAAUGUCCAGAGACUUGAAGUCAUUAUUGGGUUUGUUCCAGCAUGACCUUCCAAUCAUCAGACUCACAGAGAGUACAUAGUGAACAGGACGACUGGAGUGUCGACGACAGUUUUUUUGGUACUCGAACAAUGGAGCGUUGAUGAUGUUCAUUCAGUUCCGAUCGUUUCCUCUCCCUUGCCAUCAACCUCCUUUUCCAAGCGAUCAUAGGCUCGUUUCAAGAUUUGCACGAUCUUGUGCAACUCAUCUUCCGUCACAUUGUACGGCGGAGACAAAAUGGCAUGAUCGCCCCUGAACCCAUCCACCGUACCCGUGCCGGGAUACACAGCGACGCCGAGCUCAAACGCGAGCGCCUGAAACCGCGGCCCAAAGGCGACCGAGGGAUCGAACGAGGCGCGUGUGUCUCUGUCACUAACAAAUUCAAGGCCCCAGAAUAGACCUCGCCCACGAAUGUCGCCUACAUAUUUGCAGUUGGCAAACGUGUCCCGCAACAGAGAAUACAACAGCUU